CAUGCAGAAUUUGAAGAGUAAUAUAUACAGUUGAUCAAAACCGUUUCUUCUCCACAAGAAUCUAUGGAAGAUUAAUUAGUUCUCUCAGUUUCUGAAGUUUUCUUUUGUUUUGGUGCUUUUCUUUUUAAGCACUUCGUAUUGUUAUCUUUGAAAAUCAAGUGUUGAAUUGCAAAAUCAAGCUUCUGAGGUUGUAAGAAGUAGCCAAGAACGUAACCCCAAGUUCUUUCUUGAAGAAGCCAUGGAAGAAAAUGAAGCUUCCGAAGGUGGUGAGGGGCUUGGGGAUGGAGUUGGGGCUCCGAUGCAGCAGUUCAACAGGAAUAAAGCUAUUUCAGCUGUUGCGGAUGAUGGGUUUCUUGUUGAAGAUGAAAAAGAUGAGGAUUAUGAGGAUCUUUAUAGCGAUGUUAAUGUUGGAGAUAAUUUUCUUCAGUCAUUUUGGAAGAAUGAGGAGGAAGAGAAGGUGGUUGAUCUUGUUUCUCCGCGUCUGGAGAGUGGCAAUGCUGCUGUGCUAGCUGCAGUUGGAGAGGUGAAAGUCGAGAAAGAGAAGAAUGUAAUGUCUAGGGGUUCGAGUGGAGUUGAUGGGUUUAAGGGGAAUGAAAUGGGAGAUAGAGAUUUGGUACCGGCAACUAGAUUAAGGACUUCUGCUGCUGGUCGGUUAAAGAUUGUGUUAGGUAAUCAGGCAGGUAAGAUGGCUGAUUUAAGGAAGAAUGCUAGCAGUAAUGUUGUGAAUCGAGAGAUAAUUCAAAGGUCUACUGCUGCUAGUUUGAUACCGGCAGCUAGAUUAGGGACUUCUGCUGCUGUUGAGCUAAAGAUUGUGUUGAGUGAUCGGUCGGGUAAGAUGGCUGAUUUAAAGAAGAAUGCUAGCAGUAAUGUUGUGAAUCAAGAGAUAAUUCAAAGGCCUACUGCUGCUAGUGCUGGUGUUUUAGGAAAUGCUGGUAAUGUUGGGAAUUCAGGGAAGGAUAAUACGGUUAGACAAGGAAUGGUUAGUGGGAAUGCAACGGGUAGUAUUGGCAGUUUCGGGGCCUUGGGUGGAGGUCCUAGUGGAGGAGGUGGUGGUGGAGGGACAGUUUUAUUUGUUGGUGAUCUGCAAUGGUGGACAACAGAUGCUGAACUGAAGAUAGAGUUAAGCAAGUAUGGAGCUGUGAAGGAGGUUAAAUUUUUUGAUGAAAUGGUUAAUGGGAAGUCGAAAGGAUAUUGCCAGGCUGAGUUUUAUGAACCUGCAGCUGCCACGGCAUGUAAGGAAGGGAUGAAUGGACAUGUUUUCAAUGGGAGGGCCUGUCUGGUCGCCUUAGCUUCACCAAAUACGGUGAGGAGAAUGGGUGAGGCACAGGUGAAGCGACAUCAGCAGAAUGCUCAGAGUCAGACCACUCCAGUGAAUGCACAGGCAAGGUGGGAGCCUGGCGAUAGUAAAAACAACAAUGCUACAGUUGGUAAUUUUCAAGGUGGUGGAGAUAAUAACAGGGGUUUGGGGAGAGGAAAUUGGGGCAGAGCAGGUCCUCAGGGGAUGCGGAAUAAGGGUCCAGUUGGUCCUAUGAGUUAUAGAUCUGGUGGCGUUGUAGGAAGGGGGUUUAUGGGGAAUGCUGGAGGUGGAUUCGGACAAGUUAUAGGUGCUGCAUCUCCAUUGAUUCAUCCUCAAACAAUCAUGGGUCAAGGCUUUAAUCCUGCUUCUAGAUGGCCUAUGGGGAGAAUGGGUGGUUAUGGAGGAUUUCCUGUUGGUCCAACUCCACCUUUUUCAGGCAUGUUGCCUUCAGUUCCACCAGUUGGAGGAGUUGGUUUGCCUGGUGCAACUCCUUAUGUAAAUCCUGCAUAUUUUGGGAGAGGAAUGCCCAUGAAUAAUAUGGGAAUGAUGCCUAGUGCUGGUAUGGAGGGACCUAAUAUGGGUAUGUGGUCUGAUCCUACUAUGGCCGGAUGGGCUGGAGAUGAGCAUGGCUACAGAGCAGGAGAGUCAAAUUAUGCGGCAGAACCUGUAUCUGAUCAUCAGUAUGGAGAAGAAAGCCGUGAUAGAGGACCAGAAUGUGAUAGGUCUGGUUCUUCAGAAAAAAGAUAUAUAGAUGACAGAGAACCUACUUAUGACAGAGAUACUGCUAGAGAUAAGAAUACAGGGUGUGAUCAUGAUUGGCAAGAAAGGAGACGCCAAGUUGAUAGAGAUGUUGGACGAGAGGUAGAACGCGAGGAGCGUGGUCAUCAUAGGGAUGAUAGAAAUAGAUAUGCUGAUCGUCAUAGGAACAGGGGAAGAUCAACAAGGACAAAGGCCAAAUCACGGUUAUCGCAUGAAGAUUACUCACGGUCAAGAUCAAAGGAUGCAGAUUCUGAAAAUAGGCGCCGUGAGACUACUGAUUAAUCUGCCGACCUAUUGCAUAUUUUCUUGGAUAAUAUAGAAAUACAUAGAUUAGGAAAGCUAAAUCAACUGACGAAUUGCCAUGUGCAUUCAGGCUUUCUCCCAAGCAGCAUUCUUGACUACGCUGCCUUCAUCAAAUAGUUCCUCUGAUACAUUUUGUCACAUAAUUGCUGUUUUUCUUUCAGUGUUCCUUUUGAAAGGAGCAUUUCCACUAAUCACUAAUAUGAUGUAGGUUCAUGAUUCCACUCUUCA